GACUGAGAGUCUUCUUUUCUUUUCUACUUUACUUUUUUCCUUCCUCCUUCUCCCCUCUCCUUCAUUCACUCUAGCUUCCCUAGGAAGAAUAACCCAUUAGUGAAUAUCAUAUCCACCCCUCCUCCCGCUCUUUGCUGCCCUGGCCCUUCCUGAGCUCCCCUCCCCCACCCCACUAUCAUAUCAUAGAGCCUGGGUUCUGUUAUCGACAACACCCAUUAUUAUCCCCUUCAUCUCCGCCAACAUGCAGGUCCCAUUGCUCCGGCUUCAAUGUGGUGUUAAUAGUUAUGACUGGGGCAAAAUCGGCCACGAUUCUGCGGCUGCCAAGUAUGCAGCUACCUCGUCUGACUCGGACUUCUCGAUAGAGGCAGAGAAGCCUUAUGCAGAGCUAUGGAUGGGCACGCACCCUUCCCUGCCCUCCAAAGAUUUCGAGACCAAGCGGACCUUGCUCGAUAUGGUCCAGGAUAACCAGGCUCUGAUGUCUGCCGAGGUCAGCGAGCGAUAUGGCGGGAAGUUGCCGUUCCUGUUCAAGGUGCUUUCUGUCCAGAAAGCUCUUAGCAUCCAAGCGCACCCCAACAAGAAGCUUGCAGAAAAGCUCCAUGCGAAAGACCCUCGCAACUACCCUGAUGACAACCACAAGCCUGAAAUGGCCAUCGCGAUAACUCCUUUCGAAGGCCUGUGCAGCUUCCGUCCCCUCGAUCAGAUCACACACUUUCUGAAGGCCGUCAAACCCCUCCGCAAUCUGGUUGGGGAGCAGGCUGCCAGUGAGUUCGAGCGCACCGUUCAGGGUUCCGAGAGUUCGGAAGACCCUGAGGUAACCUCCAAGAACAAGGACGCUCUGCGCACGCUCUUCACCACAUUGAUGAAGUCCUCUCCCGAGGACAUUGCGGCGGCCACUAAGGAACUAGUCGAAGCCACUCAACAACCAGACACGUUUGCGACUUCGUCUACCUCUCCCGAGACGAAUCCUAGCAACCCGGCCGAAUUGGCUGCUAUCAUCACUCGCCUCAAUGGCCAGUUCCCCGAUGAUAUCGGUCUCUUUGUAUUCUUCUUCCUCAACUUCGUGAAACUCGCCCCCGGUGAGGCUAUGUUUUUGAAGGCCGAUGACAUCCACGCCUACGUUUCCGGCGACAUCAUUGAAUGCAUGGCGUCAUCCGACAACGUCGUGCGGGCCGGGUUCACCCCCAAAUUCAAGGACGUGGACACGCUCACAGAGAUGUUGACGUACUCAUAUGCGCCCAUCGAGGAGCAGAAGCUGCAGCCGACCGACUACCCGUACGUCGUGCUCAACGCGCCGGCGUACUCGAGCGGCUCAUCCUGUCUGCUCUACGACCCGCCCAUUGAGGAAUUUAGCGUCGUCAAGACGGAACUCCGGAGACCCGGCGCCAAGGCGACUUUCGACGGCCUGGUCGGCCCUAGCAUUCUGAUCUGCACGGGCGGAGCCGGAAAGAUCACCGUUGGCCACAAGUCGGAGGAAGUCAAGGAGGGCUAUGUGUUCUUCGUAGGCGCCAAUGCCGAGUGCAUUGUCGAGAGCACCGACAGCGGAGAGGAGAAUCCGUUCGUCACGUAUAAGGCGUUCUGCGAUCUGACUGGCAAGGAAGACAUGGCGAAUGGCAAUUAG